UCAGAUUGCCGCUUCCUCGGCUUUGAAAGCCUGGGUUUUGCUGUAGUCGCUGCUGGCGCCGGUUUUAAAUGUGAACGCAGGCAGAUAAAACGGAAGGAGAAGCAAACAGCGGAAUUUCGCAUCCUCCCGCAGCCAAAGCUACAAAAAGAUGUCAGCAUUCUCAAAACGGACUAGAACUGCAACAAAACCAAGUAUUUCAGGAGAUGAACUGCCUUCCUUCCUUAAAUCAUCUUCAGAAUCAGAAGAUGAACAAUACGAAGAGGAAUGGGACCCCAAAAAGGAAGUCGCAUGUAAGGCCAGAAUGCCAAAACCAAAAGUGCCAAGAGUUGAAAAAAAUUCUUUGACCAAGAAGAAAUCAGCUGUGGCUAGGAAAGGUACUAAGAAGCCAGCAAUGAAAGAAGAGCCGGACACAUCUCUGCCUAUUGCCACACCUGGAGGAAAGGAAAAAAUGACAUUACCGUGGCUGAAGAAAGAGGAAAAUGUCAAUGUGAGAUGUUCAGCCAAAAGGCUCCCAGUGAAAAAAGUUAGCAGCAUUAAAGGUGAACCUGGCUUGGAAGAUGCGGAGGAGCCAUCCACAAGUGCUACAGUGUCUAAAAGAGAAGUCAAGGUGGAAGAGUCUGGGGAGGAUUUUACAUUUGAUGAACCUCCCUUAAAAAAAUUUAAAACAGGAUGUCCUCAGGAGAAUCGUGUAAAAAAUGUUGCAAGUGGCAAACUAAAUGAGGAUCACAAUAUGAACUGGGACAUUGUGCAGGUUUUGUCGCAAAGGACCGAUAUUGAAGAAUGGGUGUGUGCCAACAUAAUCAAGCUUUUCAAUGAUGAUAACACAAUCCCUUUUAUUGUUCGGUAUCGGAAGGAACUUAUCAACAAUCUGGAAGCUGAUGCGCUGCGAGAGGUGCAGCAAAUAAUGGAAGAACUACAGACUUUAGCAAAAAAGGUUCAUGUUUCAAUACAAAAACUUGAGAAAGAAGAAAAGCUCUCAGGAAGUAUUUUAACUGCAUUGUUAAACUGUAAAACGUUGGAGGAGCUGGAUCAUGUGUAUGCACCAUAUAAAACUGGAAGCAAAGGAACUAAAGCACAAAGAGCUAGACAGUUGGGCUUGGAACAGGCAGCCAACUUGCUCAUUGAGAAUCCAAAGGAACUCAAACUAUUCUUCUAUGUCAAGUCCAAUGUUGAAGGACUUUCCACCAUUGAGGAAGUAAAAUCAGGAGUGCAGCAUAUCCUGGCUGACAUGGUUGCUAAAGAUAAAGAAACACUGGAUUUUAUCAGAGAUUUAUGUCAAAGAAAAUACAUUUGCAUUCAGUCAUCUCUGGCAAAACUGACUUCUAAAAAAGUCAAUGAAAAAGAUGUCAACAAAUUUCACUUGUAUCAGAAUUUUUCUUGCAACAUAAAGAACAUUCAACAUCACCAGAUUCUGGCUAUUAACCGAGGAGAGAAUCUGAAAAUCUUGAAAGUAAAGAUCAACAUUCCUGAUGGAGUGAAGAAUGAAUUCUCUAGGUGGUGUGUAAAUAAAAGAUGGAGACCAAAGGCCUAUGCCAACCCUGAAUUAAUGGAACUACUGCGUUAUUCAAUAGAAGAUUCAUAUAAACGUCUUAUUUAUCCCCUUCUCUGCAGAGAAUUCAGAUCAAAACUAACUUCAGAUGCUGAAAAGGAAUCAGUAAUGAUGUUUGGAAGGAAUCUUCGUCAGCUGCUUCUAACAAGCCCUGUGAGAGGUCGAACAUUGAUGGGAGUUGACCCUGGAUACAAACAUGGCUGCAAACUGGCAAUUAUUUCACCAACCAGUCAGAUACUCCAUACAGAUAUUGUCUAUUUGCAUUCUGGUAAAGGAAUCCAUGAAGCUGAGAAGAUUCGGAAACUUCUGUUGGGUCACAACUGUGGCACUAUUGUGAUUGGCAAUGGAACAGCCUGUAGGGAAACUGAAGCUUACUUUGCUGACUUAAUUAUGAAGAAAUAUUUUGCACCUUUGGAUGUCACUUACUGAGGGGCUAAUGUUGAUGAUGGCCCUCCUAGGAUGUUUGGUUCCCAAGAACUUCCUGAUGCUGUCUUCACCUUCCACUAGACCU